GAAGAUGAGGCCUUCUAUGAAGAUAUUAGCAACUUUUUUGCUUGUUGUCAUGUGUCUCAUGGUUAAUGAAAUGGGUGGUCCGAUGGUGGUUGAGGGGAGGACAUGUGAGACACAAAGCCACUUGUUUAGGGGGCCAUGUAUGAGCAACACCAAUUGUGGUAAUGUGUGCAGGACGGAAGGAUUUUCAGACGGACACUGUCGUGGAUUUCGACGACGUUGUUAUUGUACCAAAGAGUGUAAUUGAAAUCAUGUAUG